AUAAGCCGUCAUAACAAACUUGUGCAAAAAUGGCGCUGCUGCAGCUUGGUGGGAAAAAAGUUGGGAAUGUAUUUUUGUUAGAAAUACCUCUAGUUUCAGCUUUAAGAUUUAAAACACAUGGUAAUUUGCCUAAAAAACGGCGAAUAAACCCUUUUGUGCAGAGAAAUACAGAUUUCAUAAAAUUGCUUUGUAUUGCACUAAUAAAAUAUGAGAGGAUCCAGACAACUUUGGAACGAGCCAAGAAGCUUGAAAAAUAUGGAAAUUUGCUGAUUGAAUUAACACAACGUACGCAACCACCACCAGAUCUUUUUACGUUGCAAGAUGGUUUCCUACUUCGACCUGAUGAGAUUAUUACAAAAUAUACUCAAAAGAGGAUCAUAAACAGGAGAUGGAAGAAGAGAUUAAUAUUACCAAAACCUUUAUCUGAAGAAGAAUUUGUUGAACAGUGUAAACACCAUGCUUCUGAAAUUCUCCUUCAGGAUCAAGAAGCAAUCGAUAAAUUGUACAGUGAACUAGCUGAUCGGUAUCGUGGAAGAUAUGGUGGAUUUGUCAAAGUUACACGAAUUCCAAAUCAACCAAGAAAACAUUUUCCAUGGUUAGCUUAUGUAGAAUACAACGAAAAUGGAUUGCCACCUCUCCCGGUCUUUCCUGAAUGUGUGAAAGGUCAAUUAAAAGGUAGACCACGGUUGUUUCUAGAGCACGAAUUAAAAACUUUGUAAAUUUCUAUAAAUUUUGAAAAUAUUUUUAUCAUAUUUUUUUCUGUGGUGUUUCUUUCGUCUUUUUUGGUUAGCAUGUCCGCGUAAAGCAACCUUUUUUUCCAGCGCAUAUACUUUUACCUAUGUGAAUGCCUGAUUAACGUGUUCGCGCGAAACAAUCUUUCUGUUAACGCAGAAGUGCGUUUUAGCAUAUUAAAACUAAACGAUCUUCUUAAACUAACGUAAAAUUCGAAAAGGUGAACCAAUCUUAGAUGACAGAUUUAGUAGCUAUCUGCAAUUCAUAAAAAUCUGUAAAAUAUAACAUUGCAUUGAUUUUUAUUUAUCCCAUAUAAGUUGUUUUUGUGAGAAGUACUUACUGGUUUAACCACUACUCCUGAAAUCUUCUGGGAGUGGAAUAUAUUCCUGUCAAGGU